CCUCGGAUGGUUCCAAGCAAACGACCGGACUGGUCGAUCUAUCACCCAAGGACAAGCUUUCCUAAGAGCGUGGGACAUGUGGACGACCACGGAGCUCGCAACGGCGAGGACGAUGAUGAAAUAGGGAUGUGCGAUGAUUGUGCAUCUCUUUGUGCAUUCCGCCGCAUAGAUAUCAGCCAGUUGUUGACCCGUAGUUUUAAAUAAGGACGCACCAAUCUAUUGAGUCACUCGACACCAGAGAAAGAGUUGAUUUAGUCGAUUGCUUGGAAUUCUUAGGGAAGAUCAACCAAGGAUAAUAAUUUCCCAGACGUUGACAACCACUGUUCACACCAGAAUACGGCUCCCUCUCUCAGGACAUCCAGAAAACCCUACAAGCCCUUCCUGUUCUUAAACAGGUCCAUCUUCCCUGCCUGCGCCCAGCCGAUUCAUUCGCUCCCUUUCACCUUCAGCUUCAGAUCUGAUCUCCAAAGUCCUCUUAUUCCAAGAUCAUAUCGGCCACAACAAACAUGCGCGUCUCCACUGCCGUCGUUGGCCUCCUUGGCUUCAGCGGUUCUGCUUUCGCUGCGGUAUAUGACGGUGAAAGCACAGCGCCCAGUUAUGGCGCGGUCUAUACUCCAGUCCAGCAGAUCAACGAUGGUCAGAUCCAGAACCCGGAGUCAUGUGGGAUACCAGUACCGGUUCCCUCGUCUUCCACGCCUCUAGUGCCAUCGACUUCAGGAUCAUCGACUCUGGUACCAUCGCCUCCAGUACCGUCGCCUCCGGUGCUAUCGCCUCCGGUGCCAUCGCCACCAGUACAGGUACCUCCAGUUUCGCAGAGCAACCUCACGGCUGUAUUCACUCCCCCGAAUAUCACUACCGCGUCCGUGUUCAAUGUUUUCACCCCUGUUACUCCUCAAAUCUCGACUUCAAGGCCUCCUGUCGCUGUCCAAACCGGAGCAGCGAACGGAAUCUUCGGCAGCACGGCUAGUCUAGGAUUUGCUGGUCUCAUCGUCGCGCUUCUUGCUUAACUCCGGGCUUCGUCGUUACAUUUUUGUCCUCGGCAAAGACGCCGGAGAACAUGGCUAGGGGACGGACAGGUUUGGACAGUAUUACAAGACAGAGUCUUUCGCCUUCGAGGCUGGGCCUUGGAUCCAUCCAAGGUAUUUGAUGUAUCUAGAGG